AUGUCCUGCAAUGACCUGUGCUCCACCGCUGGCUCCGGCCUCGUCCGGCCCCAGCCCCUGGCUGACACCGGGAACGAGCCCUGCGUGCGCCAGUGCCCCGACUCCACCGCCGUGAUCCAGCCUCCCGCCGUGGUGGUCACCUUCCCCGGGCCCAUCCUCAGCUCCUUCCCGCAGGAUUCCGUGGUGGGAUCUGCUGGAGCGCCGUUCCUUGGAGCCUCUGGGGGCUCCUCCCUGGGCUAUGGGGGCUAUGGCUCUGGGGGCUAUGGGGGCUAUGGAUCUCUGGGAUAUGGAGGAUUUGGCUCCGGGGGCUAUGGGGGCUAUGGAUAUGGGGGCUCCUCCCAUGGCUAUGGGGGUUAUGGGUCCUGUGGGGGCUCCUCCCUGGGCUAUGGGGGCUAUGGAUAUGGGGGAUAUGGGGGUUACGGAUCCCUGGGAUAUGGGGGUUAUGGAUCCCUGGGCUACGGAGGAUUUGGAUCCCUGGGAUACGGGGGAUUUGGCUCCGGAGGAUAUGGUGGUUAUGGAUCUGGGGGAUAUGGGGGUCUCUGUGGAUAUGGGGGCUACGGAUCCCUGGGCUAUGGGGGUCUGGGGGGCUACGGGGGGUUCCGGGGCCUGUCCGGCUACGGGAGAUCCUUUGGCUCUUGGUCCGGCCGCUCCGGCCGCUGCGGCUCCUGGUAA